GUGUAACGGUUGUCCUGACCGACAGCUUCCGCGGAGCCAGCCGCUGCUGCUCCCGGCUGAGAGUUCUGGCGGGGGCUCGGGGCGGACAGCGCGAAGGAAAAGCUACCGGAAAAGGAACAGCAGCGAGGGGCGGAGCGGCUUAAAAACAACCCAGCCCGGAGGUGAAACUAUGACUUAUUGCUCGCGUUUUUCUCCUCCAGGACUCUACAUGUUCUCGCCAGUGACUGGACUCGGGUGGAAGUGGAAGGUGAUGUUUUUGUGAUCCAUUAUUAUUAUUAUUUUAUUUAUUAUUUAUUUAUUUUUUGUACCUAAGCGUCUGAGCUCAGCACCAGCCGCACUCCUGCGCCUCUCAGUCGUCCUUYCAGCGGAUCUCUCUCCAGAUGAAAGCGCGCGGAUGCUCUUUCCUCCGUCUCUCUCCUCAAAACAUAAACAUUUAUUUGAAGAGUUACUAGUAAGAGGAGAACCCAAAAACCUGCACGUUACCUGAGCACGGGAAUGAGGACCAGGGACGUCACACACCCAAGGUGUCAAAGCAAUUAGGAAGUCCCCGGCGGAGAGGCGGUGAUGGCGGGCGGAGGGAUCCGGGUUCACGCUUCCCAUCAGCCGCCGGCRGCAGCGUGAUUUGGAGGAGGGAGCAGACACAGAUGACGUGACCCUUGUUUUAACCUGAAGAAGACAAGACAGUGAGCAUGACCUUUUACUUGUCUGCWGUGCCAAAGAAGAGCCCGGUUGAUGCCUCGAUGGCCAAAAAAUAGCCGCUUUCUUUUUUUUUCUCACCGGGAGCCCUUUUAACCUUGCUCCAAGCUACACUUUGGGACUCAGAUGUUUCCCUGACUCCACCUGGAGGUGUACUCCAACCCAUGUGCCAGCCCAGAUAACCCUCCAGUUUGUUGGCAACCACAUGUUUAAGGUGACUGUAUGUGACAGUAGCCGAUUGCAACCCCAGUCUUCACCAUGCAGUGGAGACGGCGGCACUGCUGUCCCAUUAAGAUGACCUGGAACAUCAAACGUUCGCUCUUUCGAACCCACGUGGCAGGUUUACUCUCCUUGGCUCUACUCUUUACUUUCUUCUUAUUUUUCAGCCACCAGGAUUGGCUGUCAGGGCGCAGUGGGCCUCGUGACAAUCCAUUGACCUACACCAUCAGAGGUUUCCGCAGUCCGAAGGGAGAGGCACAUCAGAACAGCUCUCUGAGGAGCUUGUGGAGGGAGACAGGGUAUGUAGCGCCAAAGCCUCUGCUCAACCUCAGCGUUCAACAAGCGGAGGGAGCAGCAGGAGAGCCAGCAGGAGUGGGACGUGAAGCUGGAGAAGGUGCCAGGAUGGCUGUAAUGGGGCUUUGGGACUCGAUGAGCACUAACAACAGUUUACAGAAGGAGAUGGAUGUAGGAGAGAAGCUUAGUGCUCAGCCGUACAACUACAUUCUAAAUGAGCCUUUCAAGUGCAAGGAAACCACACCCUUCCUUGUUCUCCUCAUUGCUGUGGAACCCGGACAAGCUGAUGCACGCAAUGCAAUUCGCCAGACUUGGGGAAAUGAGAGUAUAGCAAUGGGGUUGGGGUUUGUUCGACUGUUUCUUCUUGGCACGCCCAAGAGGUCUGAUACCUUCAUUCAAAGUAGCAUAGAAGAAGAGAGCCGUGUUUACCAUGAUAUCAUCCAACAGGACUAUCAGGACACGUACUACAACCUGACCAUCAAAACCCUGAUGGGCAUGAACUGGGUUGCUACCUAUUGCCCACAUGUCUCUUAUGUGAUGAAAACAGACAGUGACAUGUUCGUCAACACAGAAUAUCUUAUUCAGAAGCUGCUAAAACCUGAAACGCCACCUAAACAGAGGUACUUUACUGGCUACUUAAUGAGGGGCUAUGCACCAAAUCGAAACAAGGACAGCAAGUGGUACAUGCCACCAGAGCUUUAUCCAAGUGAGCGCUACCCAAUUUUCUGCUCAGGCACAGGGUAUGUGUUCUCAGGGGACAUGGCGGAGUUGAUAUAUCAGGCCUCGCUCAGCAUACGCAGGCUCCACCUUGAGGAUGUUUACGUGGGGAUCUGCCUGGCAAAGCUGCGCAUUGACCCAGCUCCCCCUCCCAAUGAGUUCCUCUUCAACCAUUGGCGUGUCUCUUACUCUAGUUGUAAGUACAGCCACCUGAUCACAUCUCAUCAGUUCCAACCCAAUGAACUCAUCAAGUACUGGAACCACUUGCAAAGUAACAAGCACAAUGCCUGUAUCAAUAUGGCCAAGGAGAAGAAUGCCAGGUACAGACAUAGAAAGUUUCACGGAGAGAGACCUCCCUGACAUAGUGACUAAAACCUGCCUCAGUGAAACGGGGAUUGUGUUCACUGAAACUUUGGAAGAGGGAUUAUUGAACUCAGCACUAAACACUAAAUGAGGAAAAGCACAUUGUUUUUAGUAUUGUAUAAAGUUGAUUAUCCAAAAUAUUUUUUUAAUUUCUAAAAAGUAUUGUAAACCUAUMAAACUAUUUCUAAAAUGGUUGGGGUUGGAUAUGAUUGUGUGAUGUGGAGCAUGCACAAACAUUACUGCAGCUCAAGAUAUAGGUUACUGGUAAUUCAGGUCUCAGCUGGUGGGGAGUAAUUCAUGUUCUCUUCCCCAGGGUAGAACAGUAUGUCAGAUUCCACAGAUAUUUAAAAAAAGUGCUGAAACAGACACGAGAUGUUCACAGAAAGGGAAAAGUUACACUACCUAAUUACAAAUGAAUGAUAUAAAUCUUUAAUGUUGACCAGUUGUUAUGCUACCUGGUUUCUUGGUGUUUACUUUACAGAUAUAAAAAGGGAGACUACUUCAAAGAAGUACGUAUAUGUCAUCAAAUGUGGUUUUUUCUUUUUCAAUAAUCUACAUUAACACACUCACAGUCACAUCAGAGAUGACUCAGAUUGUAUUUUCUAAAGCUUUACAUAAAGUAUGACUCAGCACUUGAGUAAAUGUGCAAUUAAUCAAUUGACAUUAAAUGUACUGAAUUCA